AUGGCUCGUUGGCUGCUUCAGAUCCUGAUAAUCUCUUCUCUCCAUCUAUUUUCUCUGUCAAAUCAACAAGAGACAAGGUUUGUCUAUGAAAACUUUACCAACCUUUAUCUUGAUAAAUCUGCAAAAGUACUUCCCAGUGGAUUAUUGCAGCUGACGACUGCUUCAGAGCAUCAAAUGGGUCAUGCUUUCUACAAGAAACCAAUUGAUUUCAGUUCCUCUGGAUCACUCUCCUUCUCAACACAUUUCGUUUGUGCUAUGGUGCCUAAGCCAGGUGUUGAAGGUGGCCAUGGUAUUGUCUUUGUAGUAUCUCCUUCUAUGGAUUUCUCACACGCAGAAACGACUAGAUACUUGGGGGUUUUCAACGCAUCAACAAAUGAAUCUUCCUCUUCUCGUGUUCUUGCUGUUGAGCUUGAUACCAUUUGGAACCCAGAUUUCAAAGAUAUCAACAACAAUCAUGUAGGGAUUGAUGUGAACAGUCCUCUAUCUGUUGCUAUAGCUUCUGCGUCUUAUUAUUCCAACAUAAAGGCCAAGUACGAAAGCAUGGACCUCUUGAGCGGAAAACCUAUACAGGUCUGGGUGGAUUAUGAAGGCACUAUGCUUAAUGUUUCAAUUGCUCCUCUUGAAGUCCAGAAGCCAAGUCGGCCUCUAUUGUCACAUCCCAUUAAUAUUUCAGAAAUUUUCCCCAAUAGAUCAAGACUUUUCGUUGGGUUCUCUGCAGCAACAGGGACAGCUAUCAGUGAUCAGUAUAUACUUUGGUGGAGUUUUAGCACAAACAGAGGAUCACUGCAGCGACUUGACAUCGCAAAACUUCCCCAAGUUCCUCAUCCUAAAGCUCCGCAUAAGAAACUAUCUCCGCUAGUUUUUAUCCUGCCCGUUGUUCUGGCUGUUGUGGUGUUGGGUGUUCUUACAGGACUUUAUUUCCGCAGGAGGAAGAAGUAUUCAGAAGUAUCUGAAAAAUGGGAAAAAGAGUUUGAUGCACAUCGGUUCUCUUACAAGUCCCUGUACAAAGCAACCAAGGGAUUCAGCAAAGAUGAAUUCCUCGGAAAAGGAGGUUUUGGUGAAGUCUAUAGAGGAGAUCUCCCACAAGGCAGAGAAGUAGCAGUGAAGAGAGUUUCCCAUAAUGGUGAUGAAGGUGUGAAGCAAUUUGUGGCUGAAGUCGUGAGCAUGAGUUGUCUGAAACACAGGAAUCUUGUUCCAUUUUUCGGGUAUUGCAGAAGAAAACGAGAGCUUCUUCUGGUCUCAGAGUACAUGCCCAAUGGUAGUCUUGACGAGCAUUUGUUCGAUGACCAGAAACCGGUACUUUCUUGGCCACAAAGACUCGUGGUUGUGAAGGGAAUAGCAUCUGCUCUCUGCUACCUGCAUACAGGUGCUGACCAAGUUGUUCUGCACCGAGAUGUCAAAGCUUCCAACAUUAUGUUGGACGCCGAGUUCAAUGGAAGGUUAGGGGAUUUUGGUAUGGCCAGAUUUCAUGACCACGGAGGCAAUGCAGCCACAACAGCAGCUGUGGGAACUGUAGGGUACAUGGCGCCUGAGCUAAUCACAAUGGGAGCUUCCACUGGAACUGAUGUUUACGCCUUUGGUGUUUUCAUGCUUGAAGUAACCUGUGGGAGGCGACCUGUGGAACCGCAGUUGCAAGUUGAGAAACGUCACAUGAUCAAAUGGGUUUGCGAGUGCUGGAAAAAGGAUUCUUUGCUUGAUGCUACCGACCCCAAAUUGGGAGGUGAAUACAUACCCGAGGAAGUCGAGAUGGUUAUGAAACUCGGUUUGCUCUGUUCAAACAUUGUGCCAGAAUCCAGACCUACAAUGGAGCAAGUGGUCCUAUACCUAAACAAAAACCUACCUUUGCCUGAUUUCUCACCAUAUACUUUGGGGAUUGGCACUUUUGCUCCUGUUCUGGUCGAUGCAUCUUCCCUUGUAGUCUCAUCCGCUUCAUGGAAUUGGUCAGCUCCAUCAAUGUCUUCUUCCUCCACCAACUACUCACCUUAUGCUUGUCAACCAACAGAUCAGCCAUGGGGACAGACAAUAGACACUAAGAACUCCCUUCACCUAGUUGCGGAACCAGAGAAGCCUAAGGUCCUCUCACCCGCUGUCAAAACGGCCACAUCGCCUGCAGAAGAUCCCGAGUCCAAUCUUUCCAGCCUCAGCAGUCAGAGGUAA